GAACAUCUUCCCAAAACUGUCUCAGACGUCAUUGUGGGCAGUUUCGAUUCUAUAACGACGACGAUACAAUGGUUUUUAAUCUACAUGACCCACCAUCCGGACGUUCAGAAGAAAUGCAGACAGGAGAUUCACAAGUUUAUGGGUGAAGAUGGCUGUGAUGUUUCAGAUAUAGACCGUUCCAAACUGGCAUACACACAGGCAACGAUCAUGGAAGUACAGAGGGUGGCAAACAUAGGUGAGGAUGUCACAUUUGAUUAUUGGGUGUCAAACAUAGGAGAGUAUGUCACAUUUGAUGAUUGAAUAGCUAUUAUAGGUGAGAUUGUCAGAGUUGACAGUUAGGUGUCGAACAAAGGUGAGUAUGUCGCAGGUUAUGAUUGGGUGGUGAACAUAGGUAUGUCGCAGUUAAUGAUUGGGUGGCGAAUAUAGGUGAGUAUGUCACAUUUGAUUAUUGGGUUUCGAACAUACGUGAGUAUGUCACAUUUGAUGAUUGAAAAGCGAACAUAGGAGAGUAUGUCAGAGUUGAUUAUUAGGUGGCCAACAUAAGAGAGUAUGUCAGAGUUGAUCAUUGGGUUGCUAACAUAGGAGAGUAUGUCAGAGUUGAUGAUUGGGUGGCGAACAUAGGUAAGAGUGUCACAGUUGAUGAUUGAACAUUCGAUACCAAAAUAGUGGAUGGAGAACGCCUUAGAUUAAUGUAUAUUUUUGAAAUCUUGUUGAAUCGAUGUGUACGCAACGGUGCAGACAUUUGAGUUAAUUGGUGUUGCGAUAAAUGAAAGAAAAACAUAAGUCAAAUUUGUGAUUUGACGAUGGAGCAUAUUUGAUAUAAUAAAAACCACAUUUCUAAAGCAAUAAUUCCGUUUCUGAAAUCCUCAGUCCCCAUGCCCCCCUGCCACACGUCUGACAAGGACACACACAUCAACGGUUACUUCAUCCCGAAGAACACGGCCAUCAUGACCAACAUGGACUCUCUGAUGAUGGGACCGGAAGUGGGAGACGAUCCAAUAGAGUUCAGACCAGAACGAUUUCUUACAGAAGACGGGAGGCCAUUUUAUCCGAAAUGGUUCUUGCCCUUUUCAACUGGUAAGUUAGUUUCUCUUUAA